UCACUGGAGCGCCUGUGGUUGGAAGCAGUGUGCUGAAUGAGCUGAAAGUGACGCCAAGUGAAGAAGAAUCUCUGUUUACUGUAGCGUUAAAAGUGUUACCAUGAGUUUCAUCUGUGCGAUUUAAGACAUGAUUUCACAUUUAAACCUUCAUUUUGAGACACAGACAUGAACGACAUGAAGGAGAGCGCAGAGCAUGACACUCUGUCCGACAACGAGUCUUCAGCGGCGAGACUGAAGAGUGCUGAAAGCAGUGAGAAGCCACAGAUAGGAGAUGAGAGAAUCAAAGCAGUAGAGAAGAGAGGACCGUAUAUCAUGUCAAAAGCACCUGCGUUCCACAUGAAACUCCAGAAACACAGAGACUCGGCCAGAAGAGCUCUGCAGAACAGAGGCUUCAGCUUGGGCAGACCUGGGCUUCAACAACCCAGACGCAAACCAAAGAAUGUGAAGUUUAAUAAGGGAUAUGCUGCUCUGAGUCAGACAGCAGAAGAUUCACUCAUCUCAUUGGAUUCAGACAGUGAUAGAGAGCUGGAUUGUUCAUCUGGAUAUUCCUCGGCUGAGGUGCAUCCAGACCUGAGCAGACAGCUGUUAAAGGACGGUUAUCACCUGGAUGAAAUACCUGAUGAUGAAGACCUGGACCUGAUCCCCCCUAAAGCCUUGACCUCCUCCGUGUGCUGCUGUUCAGAUGUGUCGUCCUGCUGCGUGCAGUGAUCGAACCCGCAACACCUGUGCUGAACACUUGAGACAAAUCCAGACAUCUACAACUUGAUACUCGGUUUGGCCAUCAUGUUAAACUUCUGUGGCACCACUCCCGUUUGUGAAAUGGAGCAGAAACGUUCCAUUUGAGUUCUUAUGAUGUUUUUAAAAACCACAAAGUGUUUUGGAUGUUGUUGUUGUUUAAGCCCAGUGUCUAGUUACUAAUCAAAAAUUUAACCUUGAAUCAAAGCUACUGUUAAAGGAAUAAUUCACCCAAAAAUAGAAUUUGUCAUAAUUUACUCACCCUCAUGUUGAUCCUAAUGUAGUGUAGCUUUCUUUGUAACACAACAGGAGAUAUUUAGCAGAAUGCCCAAGAAGCUCUUUUCCACAUAAUGAAAUUUGACAGUGAUUAUUGAUCAGUGAUCAGUCAUGUGACAAGUUAGAAUCGGUGGACGUCAAACCUGGUGUGGUGCGUGCCAUAUUUGAAUUAAAGAAAAUUUUUAGUGAAUAAUGACGACAUGGGAAUCCGUUCCUUGUUUAAAGCUAUUGUAUUCAACUUCAGAAGACUUGGAAUAUAGCUCACAAGUCAUAUGCACUACUUUUAAGAUACAUUUAUGGUCGUUUUUGGAGCUUGGCAGUAAAAAUCACUGUCCAAUUUUAUUGCUGUCACCACUGUUUUUCCAUACAUUCUUAAAUGUCUCAUUUUGUGUUCCAUAGAUGAAAGUCAUACAGGUUUGGGACAAAAUAAGGGUGAGUAAAUGAUGACCGAAUUUUCACCUUCGAGUGAACUAUCACUUUAAUGCAGCGAUUGUGACCUAUCACACCCCCACCUGCACGAUGGCACUGAACUCUAAAGUAUGAAAUGAAGGCCCUUAUUUAAUAGAAAUAUGUGACUUUCACUGAUUUGCUCAGUCAGAGACUAGUGAUGUUUGUUUUAGCUGUCUUUAUAUGUGUUUGAGUUUAAAAACAAAACCGCUUUUUUGUUGGUUUCAGAAAGCUCAGGACAUGGACUAGUGUAACUUGAAAACAAAAUGCCAAUAAUUCCAUCCCAUAAUCAGCACAAUGUUAGAGGAAUUGGAGUGUUACUGAUAUUGAGAAACCAGACACUAAUUUACAUACAGUUGAGACAAACAGAAUUUAUAGGUAGGUGUGUGUAUAUGUGUGAGUGUUUCUUCUAUAUUGCUCAUGUAUUCUUUACUACUCUGCUAUGGAGUUUCAGGACAGGGCUACAUCCAGUCUCUGUGUUAUAAAGUGUGUUUAUUAACUCUUUUUAUCAUUCAUCUGUGAGCUUUUCCUUUUCAAAUUGAUGCUUUAAAAAUGUAUGAUUUGACAAAAAACACUUCUGUUGUACAAGUAUUGCACUAUUCUCUUUAUGUUCUGUUACUCCCAAAAAAAAAAAACACCUGGUUCCCCUUCAGUUUUAGGGGCCGUUGAAUUUUAAGUUUAUUCUUUUUUUUAUUAUUAUGCGAGUAUUACUUUAGUUAAAAACCUGCUGUGAGAGAGAUGUUAUUUUGUAUUCAAUUUCAUUUGAAAUAGUGGAAUAUUUUUAUCUGCCCCUGAAAAAAAAAAUGCUUUCUUGAGUAUAACAAGUGUUGUGUAAUAUUGGUGUUUGCAAUUCACGUGUACUGUAUGCAUGUUUGGCAUCAGACUUGACAAUCUGCAACACUAUGCAACGAAACACUAAUUCUUCUUUGUAGCCACAAUGAAUCAGUUACUGACUUAACACGCAAUAACUUAAAAUACAUUUAUUUUGUUGUAAGAAAAAUAUUAUUUGUAUUUAAUUAUUUGUAUUUAACUGUGUGAAAUUAAAGGAAACAUACCUAAACUA